GGGGUCCUGAAGUCUCUUCCUCUGCGCAUGUCAAAUGACACGUGCGGGGCUUCUGCUGCGUGUUGUGCUGUACCGCGUUGUUAUCGUCUUCGUAGAUGGUUUUGUUUUUAAACGACAAAUAAACUAUUGUAAACCUUCGCGACUCACACAUUGUUUGUAAAUGGGAGGCCUACAAAAGAAGAAGUUUGAGAGCGGCUCUGCCACAAACUAUAUCACCAGAAACAAAGCCCGUAAGAAAUUGCAACUGAGCCUCCCAGAUUUCAGACGAUUAUGCAUUCUGAAAGGCAUUUACCCCCACGAGCCCAAGCACAAGAAGAAAGUCAACAAGGGCUCCACAGCCCCACGAACCUUUUACCUGCUCAAAGACAUCCGCUUUCUUCUGCAUGAGCCAAUCGUUGGCAAAUUCAGAGCAUACAAGAUAUUUGUUCGCAAACUUAAGAAAGCUUAUGGAAAAACAGAAUAUACUGCAGUGGAAAGGCUCAAGGAGAACAAGCCAACAUAUAAAUUGGACCACAUUGUCAAGGAAAGGUAUCCCACGUUCAUUGAUGCUCUCCGGGAUGUUGAAGAUGCACUUUGUAUGUGCUUCCUCUUCUCCACGUUUGCUCGAACGGGAAAAUGCCACGUGCAAACCAUACAGCUGUGUCGACGUCUCACUGUGGAGUGGAUGAACUUCGUGAUAGCCUCUCGUGCCCUCAGAAAGGUUUUCAUCUCUAUCAAGGGAAUAUAUUACCAGGCUGAAGUGAUGGGGCAGCUAAUUACAUGGCUGGUGCCGUAUCAGUUUUCCCAUGAUCACCCUACAGAUGUUGACUACAGAGUGAUGGCAACUUUCACAGAGUUCUACACAACUCUCUUCGGCUUUAUUAACUUCCGACUCUACCAUUCCCUUAAUCUGGUUUACCCACCAAAGUUUGACAGUAAAGCAGACCAGGAACUCAAGGACAAAAAUGAGGAGGACUAUGCCUUGGAUGCAGAAAGCUACUUGGAGAAACUCGCUGCCUUGAGUGCGAGUCUGGCCCGGGUGGUUUCUGCUGCAGAGGAAGAAGAAACUCAAGUCGACCAUUUUCCUGUUGAGGAGGAAGACAUGGGAAAGAUGGAAGAAAGCGAAAAGGAACAGAAGAAACUGGAAGCCCAUAAAAAGAUGUUUGAGGGCUUAAAGGUUUUCCUCAACAGAGAAGUACCCAGAGAGUCUCUGGCUUUUGUCAUCAGGUGUUUUGGUGGCGAGGUGUCCUGGGACAGGUCCGUCUGCAUUGGGAGCACAUACGAUGAGACUGACGAAACUAUCACACAUCAGAUUGUUGACAGACCCAACGUUGCCACACAGUAUAUCAACAGGUACUACAUCCAACCCCAGUGGGUGUACGACUGUGUCAAUGCCAAACUAAUCCUUCCUGUGGCGGACUACUUCAUGGGGGUCACUCUUCCGCCCCACCUGUCUCCGUUUGUGGAGGAGAAGGAGGGAGACUAUGUUCCUCCAGAAAAACUGAAGAUAAUGGCAUUGCAAAGAGGAGAGAAGCCUGCCCAGCAAAAAGAGGAGGAGAGUGAAGAGGAUGAGGAGGAUGAAGAAGAGGAUGAAGCCGAGGAGGAAAGCGACGAAGUAGAAGAGAAUAAUCUCAAGAAGAUGGAGGACCGACGAUCCCAGGCCAAGGUCAAAGUGACUCCUGGCAAAUUGAAAGUGGUUAAUCUAGCAGACCGGGAGGAGCGGGAGAAAGCCGAGGAGAAGCGUCUGGCCAUCAUGAUGAUGAAGAAAAAGGAGAAGUACCUCUACGACAAGAUCAUGUUCGGAAAGAAGAGAAAAGUCCGAGAGGCUAACAAGCUCGCUGCGAAGAGGAAAGCACAUGACGACAUUGAAAAGGCAAAGAAGAAAAAGGCCCGAAAAUGAAUUCUUAGAAGGACUGUAUUAAGCUGCAACACAUUGAGUUUUUAUUUCUUAUGAUCAAGCAACACAAGUUCAAUAAAAUUGAAUAUUCUA